AUGAGUUAAUUAACAAACUCCCUUUUAAAAUGUAUAUUGAAAGAAUAAUAUGGAAGCUUAAAAUUUGAUAUAAUAAAGAAGUUUUAAGAAAACAUAAAUAAUUAGGAUAUCCAUUAAUAUAUAUUUCAACUUUGGUAUUAUUUAAAUAUGUAAUAUUAGUUAUAUUUAUUAUGUAACAGGUAAUUAGCAUUUAGAAGAGUUUUUGAAAAAGUAUGGUUUAAUGAAUUCUUCAAAUUAUUAUAGAUUAGAAUGGACUUUAAAAGCAUUAAGUGAAGAUUCAAAAUGUUAUUCUAUAAAAGAAGGUUUCACAAAGUUUUUGAAUGUAAUGAAAAUAGUAAAAUUUAGUUAAUAAAACAUGAAUUUGUAAAUAAGGGAUUGACAAACACAAAUAGUAGGGAAGAUUAUUUUUAGGAUAGUAAUAGAUAAAUAUAAAUUUAGUGUAUUUAAUUAAAGAAGCAAGAGCAAAUUAUCAAGAUCGAUAAGAUUAGUUAAUUUUCAAUUUGAUUGAAUAGAGUAUAAGACUUAAAGGUAUAGAGAUUGAAGAAAGAAAAGAAUAGAUGAUAACAUUCUUAAAAACCAUAAAUUAAAAUAUUAAUGUUUUAUGGUAAUUAACAUAGUAAGGAGGUAUCACAAUACCUUUUAAUCAUGGAUUAAUGGAUUCUUGUUUAAUAGUAAAUAUUAUUGAAGAUGAAUUUAUUUGUUUCAAUACAGCUAAAAGAGUUCCUUAUAAAAUUAUAGUAGAAACAAUUGAGUAAAAAUAAUGAUGAUUAUUUUAGUCCAUCUGAAGUAGAACUUAUUAAGAAAGCUGUUGAAAUAUAUUAAAAUAGUAAUAAUGUUUAAGAAUUAAUACCAUAUUAUGAUAUUGAGAAAGAAAUGAGAAAUAUAGCACAACUAAAGAUACUUUAGCAAUAUGAUAUAGAUGAAUUAAAAAAGUAAUGUAUAAGGAUAUAAGAGAUUGGCAUUAAAAAAAGUAGAAUUUAAUUUAAAUCCCGAGAAUUAAAAAGUAAAGAAGAAAGCCCAAGAUAAGGAUAUUUAUUCAUCUUCUAUUAAUUGUAGUUCAAUAUGGGGAGAAGAUUGGAAUGUUACUUAGUAGAGAAUCUAAAAGACAUCUUAAUUUAGACAUCUCAAAACUUAUCAAAUUAGACAAAUUAUUAUUAAGGGAGGUGAUGAUUUAAGAAAUGAAUUAUUAAUAAUGU